AUGCACCGCGUCUACUACAUGCUCAGCACCGGCAAAAAAUCGUUGAUGAUUGGGAUGAUUGAGCUUUAUGCGUUUGUCACGGCCCUUGAGAAGGACUGGGUUCAAGUUCGGCGUGGGAUUCCAAUUUCUUAUGGCUCACUCCCGCCAAAGCAAGUGAACGUCUCCCACUCGAUUGGAUGGAAUAAAGCGACCAAGAGACAGAAAGCAGCCUGGAACGACGGUCGGGCCCCAGACACAACAGAACAGCUCCUCGCCAACGCCGAGAACCUGCCAAAACGGGCAAAAUUAGGCAGACCCAAGAAUUCGCCAAACAUCAACAGGGACCCUCAGUCCACCCCUCUCUGGCUACAAGAACCCGGUGGAAAACAGACGGAUUUGUUCUUCCUACUUGUCUCUCACUUCACUACCCGAACAACUUACGAGAUGAAGGAGGGUGCGCAAGUGCGCUCAAUUUUAACUCGGGGGUCCAACAAACUAUUUAUGGAGGCCCAGAAACUAUACCCGGCAAAUUUCAUCUCUGGGGCAUUUGCAUCAUGCGAUCUAUUUUUGGAGAUUGUUUUGGACCCAAAGAGGAACAAGUCGAAGACGCUGCCUAAGCUUUUUCGUGUGCAGGAGGACCGAAUCUUUUCCUGCCCUCUCCACCCUGGGGCACAGGAACAUCCUCGAGGCUCUCGCGACCUAGGUGUCCUCAGUGUGACAAAGUCGAUGUUCGAAUCGAAUAACAUCAACUGUGCCAAUGUUGCAGAGCUGUUCAGUCAGUGGACCACAACAGGCCUUGUUGGCGUUUCCGGACUUCAAUGUCGUCAAUGUAACCAGGAGAAUUCUCAGAUUCAAUCGCCUGCCAUCACCUCAAACUUGCUGCAUGAAAAGUCAAUCAUCUCCGUUAUCAACAGUACACCCCCGGCCCAUUUGUAUUUCCAGGUUGAUGUGGCGUUGAUUUCCAGCGAGGACAAGCAAAUUGAUUUCAUGGGCAACAUCAAUUGGCCAUUCAAAGUCAACUUCGCUGGGGAGGAAUACACUGCGGUUUCACGUGGAUUUUGGGGGGAUUCACACUACUGGGGGAAGGUUUUGCGGUACGUCAAUGGUGUAACCGCUGUCUGGAUGCACGACGACAGAGCAAAUGGAGGAUUUGCGCAGUUAGUGGACCGCACGCCGGGCAGCAUUAGUGGUGCACAACCGCACACAAGCUGGAUGAUUUACUCUCGACAGUGGACUCCCAAUGAGAAGGCAUUUAUUGAUACGAGCAUUGCCAACAUCCAGCGCGAUAACCCAGUAGUCAAAGCCGACAAUAUUCCUUUUGUCAAUAUGGGAGCUGUGCUCCAAGCUACAUUUGAUUCAGCUUUACCACAUCUUACACAAGGACAAGCGGCCGAUCCAAAUCCUACCAUGACAAUCACUCAGUUAAAUGGUGAAAGCGGGCCUCAGGAUGGGAACAAUAGAGAGAAACCAGUCAAUUCAACUGGCGAGGGCUUGAAGAUUCGCAUUCGAAGGAUCGAUAAGAAGGCAGCUUCAAAUCCAUUGAAUUCCGUAUCAACCUCAGCCCCAUCUGUUUCUUCCAAAGAGUUGAUGUCUGCAGCGCCACCCGGGUCAACUAAUCUGCCGACAGAGUCUCUUCCCUCUCUUCGUUUGGGCAGCAAGCUUCCUUUUUUGGAUGUUAAGUCCAAGAAAACAACAGGGAAGUGUGGUCGGCCAAAGGCCAGGAAACUUGCAAGCAAGACAUUCAUCCCAAAGCCUUUGACUGAUGCCGACUGGGCUCGUAUAUCAAACACCUAUUGGAAUAACCGCUGGUUGGAGAAGGAGGAGUUAGCUUCAAAUUCCAAACCUGUGGCGGCGAUUGGAUCGAGCACAAUUCAAGGGGAUUCACAAGCCCCAGAAAUACCUCAACUUCACUCUCCUCAUGGUGCACGAACAGGUAGUCAGGCUCUCCGUCGAUCUUCAAGAAAGCGCGGUUUUAAGGUGGUUCGACUUUGUAUGGGAGUCUUUGCAAGUGUGGACAUGUGCUGUGUGGGCGAGCAAUUUUACAAGGGAUUUCGCAAGGCGGACCUUUUGCAAAGGAUGAUAAAUUGUACAAAUUUGUAA